AUGGAUAAGCACCCCAAUGCAACACCACACCUCCCUGUACAUUAUGAAGAUAAUUUUAUUUCCCCUACCAAGCCUUUGGAGAUGUCCAGCGAAUUGGUAGAUAGACAAUACAUUGAUACAGAGUUUGAAUUCGAGGAAACUGAUCAGAGGCAAAUGAUUAAGAACGUAGGAGGUCAUCUAGGGGCAUCACGGAGUUUGAGCGACGACUCAUUCAUCACCGCACAGUCUGUUGACGCAACUGCUUUAUUUCCACAUGAUGAUUUGAUGAAUGCAAAACCAGUAGCCACAUGGACAGAUGAAGAUUCGGGCCAAGAUUUAACACCAACUUUAAAUGUCGAAGCGAUACAAACAGAAGAACUAAUCACACCCAAAGCGGAUGAAUUUAAUACGACUUUUGGAACAAUUGACACUGCUGAUGCAGGCAUUGACUUCUCAGAAAGUACGGCAAGAGAAACAGAAACAGAGCCAGAAUCUGGUUUGGGAAUUGCAACGAGGAUCAGCAGAAUUCAGAUAAAUCCAAUUGCAACCUCCAGGGAAAUGAUUGCGUCAGAGAGGAAGUCCUCACCAGCCAAAGCAAUUCGAACAUCAAUGAUCUUAAACGGUCAAAAAACUCAGGAUGCGACUGAAACUGAUAAAUGGAAUAACGAUAACUUGCACAACCGCGAACUUUAUAAUGUAUCAUAUAACGAUCCAUCAUUCAUCAAAAGUUCGACCAGUUUGAAACGAACUAAUACUGUAAAAAAAAGUUCAGAGAUGAACUUGGACGAUGAAAAUUAUGCAUGCUUGUUUAUCAUUGCUGUGCACUCUUUUAGCGCUAACUCAUUGGAUAAUGCGGAUGACAUAUCAAUAUGCUUGUCUUUUGAAAAAAAUGAUAUUGCGUUUGUGCACACUGUCGAUGAAUCAGGAUGGGGGGAAGUCACUUUAUUAAAAAAUGUUAAAAGGGGUUGGGUACCGUUCAAUUACUUUUCAGACACAGUGAAAUCAAUCAACGAGCAAACGAAAACUUAUGAUCUCCAAGAAAAGACUGAAACAAGACUACCUCUACGGAAACUGCUCUCUGCAAGUGCAAAAUUUCUCUUACACCCACAUGACACCAUGCUACCUGAUAACAGCGGAAAGACUUUCAAUAUAGAUUAUAUUAAUGGCGUAAGAGAUGGCGUGAAAGUAAUACUAGAAAUGACGGAAUGUGUAUCCCGGUCGAACGACUUGGUGCAAAGUAAACCCAAUAUACGCAAGGCUAGAAAAACGCUGCUGGCCAAUUGGUAUAAUUUGAUGAUAAAAGCGGACUAUUAUAAACAUAGUGUUAAAGAAGAGCACAUUGAGACGCUAAUAAAGCUACUUUUUGCAGUACUGAAUCAAGCCUUCAUUUUCUUUGAUACAUGGUCCACAGAAAAAGCGUCUUUUGACGAAGAGAAUAGAAAAGGCAAGAAUCACAGCCCCGUAGAAGAAAAGACUAAUUUAGCGGCUGUGGAAAAGGGACCUUCUCAAAAUUUGAUAUAUCUUGAAGAGCCUCCAACUGCAAUGAAUCGGCUACACGAGAUAUAUGACUUGUUGUUUUGCUAUUCUGGUCUGAUCUUGGGAAGAUUAGAUAUGAUUGAGCACAAUCCUAGCGGGUGUGAGGUUUUGGAGACCAUUGUUCAUCAAGUGAUAGUACUCCUGCGAGAUUUACUAUAUAUCAGCAAAUCCUGUUCUGCAAUUAUUCAGGAGAAAUUCCAGUAUGCAUACGAAAACACACUUCACAAAAAUCUGGAUCCACUACUAUCAUUAGUGUCAGAGUUAGUGUCAUGCGUGAAAGUUUUAGUAACACAAACACUGCAAGAAGAUUACCAAAUAGAAACUAGUAAACAUUUAAUCAAAGAUGAGGGGUACCAUUACACUGAUCAAGGUCAGAGACUAACAGAUAUUGUUGCAAAUAUGGUAACUCUGAUUGCAAACUCCAUAAAUGGCUGUAACAGUUAUCUUCGAUUGAUCGGCGAUAUUCCUUUAGGAACUGACAGAAAGUAUUUGGAUUUAAAGCAAAUACAGAUAACUCCAGAGAAAUUUACCCAGCUAUGUUCAAAAGGCAUGACAAGAAACUUAGAUAAAAAGCUCAUAUCUGAAUUGCUUAACACUGUAGGACACCAGCCACAUCAUAAUAAACUGGCGAGGUUCUCAACGAUACGAGCCGGGAAUGAAGGUGAACUCGGAUUCACCUACGAGGGAACUCAACUUCUUAAAGGUGUAAUGCUCGAUCAAACACCUUUUGGAAGAGAUUCUACCUUUGAUCCAUUUACAAUAGACGAAAAAAAUAGAUCAAUUGAACCUGAACACAACAUAAUCAAUAAUAAAGAAUUGUUAGGGAACGAAAUGGUUUUCAGUAGUGACGGAAGCUUAAUUGCAGCCUCUUUUAGAGCUUUGGUGUUCAAAUUAACUGAUGAGGUUGAUAAGCCGGAUGACACAUUUGCAGAUGCUAUACUUCUAAAUUUUCACUCUUUUGGUACUGAAGCAGAUCUGAUUGAUUCAUUAAUAGCAAGAUUUGAUUUGACGGAUAAAUCGUUGGCCAAUGAUAUUGGAAAUAAGUUUGGCCUAUAUUCUUCGAGAUCUUCGAGGCUGAAAAACAGGAGGAAGCUGGUUUGUAAAGUUUUUCAGACUUGGAUGGAAUCUUACUGGGAUUAUAAUUCUGGUCAAAAACAUCUUCCAACUUUGAUUAAUUUUUUCAAUGAAGGGGUUUCGUUUUAUCUGCCUUUUCAAGGUAAAUGCCUUCUUGAAACAGCAGCAAGGUUAUCAGCAGUGAAUGUGGCAUUCAAAAAAACCCAGGACACAGUGCCGAUGAUUAGGGAUCAAUUGUCUCCCAGAACUAUUAAUAAACUGAAAACUAGUUCGAUUUAUUCAGAUGUUUCGAACAGUAGUACGGAUAGCAGAUUAUCUGUCUUUUCACUGGAUGAAAAGGUAAUCGAGGAGUACGAGCUGACUAAGCUGCCAAGUCAGAAUACCAAUUCACUAUCCCUCCCACUUCCUGUUCUAAAUUUGGGGACAUCAUCUCUUUUAAGCAAACGCAAUCUUCAAGAUAUGGAAAAAUUGGUCCUCUCAUAUAGAUCUAUGCUAAAUUGUUCUAUCCCUUUGACGAACAGCAGCACUUUUUCCCCGAAAGAAGAUACACUGAGGCUCAUCUUUGAGUGGAAUGAAAUGAUCAUGUCAGGUGCAAAAGCUCCUCAAAAUAUUAUUCACAAUGAUAUUAAUUUGGCUGAUUUAAAUCCUCUUGAGCUUGCUAAACAAUUGACUCUUAUCGAAUCACACCUCUUUCUGGGCAUAAAACCUAGUGAGCUUUUAGACGAGAAUUUUUUGGGAAAGAAAAGUUCCCUCGGUCUGGCACCCAAUGUCAGAUCCAUAGUCAAUUUCACAAACGAAUUGUGUGACUAUGUAUUAGAGAGUAUUUUAUAUCCUCAAAUGACACUGAAGAAGCGUAUUGCAAGGUUGAAAUCGUGGCUCAAAAUCGCCCUGGCAACGACGUACUUUAGAAACUAUAAUUCUCUCACAUCAAUAAUGAUUGCUUUGCAAAAUCACGCAAUCACUAGACUGACAGGGGUUUGGAAUGGAUUAGAUAGUAAAGAAUACGAGCUUUACGAUUAUUUGUCUAAAAUAGUCCAUCCAAAUAACAACUUCAAAGUCUAUAGGAAAAAGUUGAAAAAAUAUGUGGAUGAAUCACCAUUUGGUGAACUUCAAUCUGAAAAGUCUCCCAUACCGGUAGUCCCAUUUUUCAAUUUGUUUUUGCAAGACUUGACUUUCAUUUAUGAAGGAAAUAAUACGUACAAAAGUCCUGAGUCAUUCCGCCCCAACAAAAUGGUAAACAUCGACAAAUUCCUAAAAAUAACCAAAACAAUCAACAUGGUUCGCUACUUCCAAGUAAAUUACAACACCUAUGAAGAACGGGAUGAAAAUGCUCAAUCUUUCUUUAACAUAAGCGCCCAAAUUGAUGUCGAUACGCAACAUAUCAAACCAAUCUCUUUGUUGCAGGAGUUCAUCUUCUAUGAAUUAUGGAGAGUUAACACCCUAUACAUUGCUAGCAAAGAUCGUGCAUAUCAAUUGAGCAUUCUGUCUGCGCCUCGUAAAUAA